CGGAGAGUGACAGCUCGCGAAAACACACGCAGACACGCGCGCGCGCAGGAAAGGAAGGAGGAAAAGUUUGGCCGCGCUCGCGCCAUUACCGUCCGCGAGCGCUUCUUGACUGUUCUGGGGUCUAAAACUUUGGAUGUGAAAACUCGGUGUGUGUGUGCGUCUGUCUGUGUCUCUGUCGGUGUGAACCGACUCCGUACCGAGGCUCUGUGCGCGUUCCUGUCGGGCUCGCGGACUAAACACGGAGGAAACUUGCCGUGCUGCGUGCGUGUGCGCGCGUGCCUCUGUACUUUAUUAACCCGGAGACACUCACAUACACACACACACACACACACACACAGGAGCGCGGUAUGAACACACACACCAUGCUGGCCGGCAGCGGGACGUACGCGAGUAAGAAGCGGAAGAAGCCGGUUCAGAAAAUACCGAAGCCUCCUCCGCCCGAAGGAGCCAAGUCGAACCCGUCGAAGCGGCACAGGGAUCGGCUGAACAUGGAGCUGGACAAACUGACCAGUCUGCUGCCCUUCGCCGAGGACGUGCGCUCGCGGCUGGACAAGCUGUCCGUGCUCAGGCUCAGCGUCGGAUACCUGAAGGUCAAGAGUUUCUUCAAUGCCACGAUGAGAAAGACGGUGGGCGGAGCUAACGGCUGGCCCGCGGGGACUCUGGGAGGAAACGGACAGAAGGUCAGCAGCCUGGACGGAGUCAGCUUCUCCGAGGGGGAGUUACUGCUGCAGGCUCUGCACGGCUUUGUGAUGGUUAUAACAGCUGAAGGUUAUGUGUUCUACUCCUCGCCUACCAUAAUGGACUACCUGGGGUUUCAUCAGUCGGAUGUCGUGCACCAGAGUGUGUUCGAGCUGAUUCACACUGAUGACCGGGCCGUGUUCAGGAGACAGCUGCACUUCGCCCUGAAUCCCACGCAGGAUAAUCUCACUGAUGAUGCUGAUGGACUCCAGAAGAAGAGCGACAUCACCAACGCCAUCGUAAAUUACAACCCUCAGCAGCUACCACCAGAGAACUCGUCCUUCCUGGAGAGGAGCUUCUGCUGCCGCUUCCGCUGCCUCCUUGACAACUCCUCUGGGUUCCUGGCGCUGAACUUCCACGGACGGCUGAAGUAUCUUCACGGUCAAAACAAGAUGGCGGAGGAUGGCAGUAUGGCGCAUCCUCAGCUGGCUCUGUUUGUUAUAGCGACGCCCCUUCAACCACCCGCCAUCUUGGAAAUUCGGAGCAAGACGCUUCUCUUCCAGACUAAACACAAGCUGGACUUUACACCUAUGGGCAUUGACACCAGGGGGAAGGUGGUGCUGGGGUACAACGAGAUCGAGCUGUGUAUGAGAGGUUCUGGGUACCAGUUCAUCCACGCUGCAGAUAUGAUGUACUGUGCCGACAACCACAUCAGAAUGAUUAAAACUGGUGAGAGUGGUUUUACAGUCUUCCGGCUGCUGACGAAGUCUGGAACAUGGGUCUGGGUCCAGGCAAACGCCAGGCUCGUCUACAAGGGCGGACGUCCGGACUUUAUCGUGGCACGACAGAGAGCUUUAACUAAUGAAGAAGGGGAAGAGCAUCUACGGCAAAGAAAGCUGCAGCUUCCUUUUAGCUUUGCCACUGGAGAAGCCGUCCUAUACGAGACCACCCCUUCUCCGGACAUGACUAACAUCUCUACCCAAAUCAAAGGGGGUAAGAUUAGCAGACCCGCCGUGCUGCCUCCAAGCUCACUGCUGAGCUCCAUGCUGAAGCAGGAUGAGUCUGUCUACCGAACAGACAGCGAUUCUAACUCUCAGUCCUGCCUGGAAAAGGCAUUCCAGGACAGCCACGCCCUUCUCACUGUCCCUGGAAAACCCUGGGUGGAAACAGAAAAGAGCUCUGUGGGCAUCAAGGAGGAAUCGGCAGCGCAGGAGAUGAUGGACAGCUUGCAUCAGAUCAUCAGGGACAGCAGCAUGUGCGGUAACUUGGAUGACCUGAAUAUCGACCAGGAGGAGCUGAAGGAAUGGGAGAAUGCGCUGCUGCGAAUAAACACCAUAACCAGCAUCGAGCUCCCCGUCGAGCUCAACGACAUCAUGGCCAACGAUAUCUUCUCAUAUGUGGAGGACGUGCUGUUGAAGGAGUGCAGCACCGACAUGAACGAACAACUUCCUGAGUGUUUGUCAGAGCUACAGCUGCAAGGAGACCUUAACGAGCUCUUAGGCAUUUCAGACAGUCUUGAAACAGGUAGUCCCGGACAAGGAAUAAUGAAACUCGCUCAUAUCAGUCCGGAGUUAGAGCAGGCAAAUCCUGUGGAACCGUUUGUUGAGCUGUGCGAAAGUAUGAUUUUUGAUACUUCACCUCCCGGGCAGCAAAACCAGUCCAGGCUGACAGCAGCAAGCCAUCGCAGCCAAGCAGAGAUCGGACUCCCCGGUCAGAAUCACAUCCACAGCGGAACCCUGGGCUAUCCAAAAAACGUGCUGUUGCCCAACCUUCAGAACCAAGCACAGCAUGUGAGCUUCCACAACCACAAUCCUGUCCCGUUCAACCAGUCGGUUCAGCCGAGCAGUCAGUGGACGGGACCCCAGAUGUCCGGCAGCAAGAAUAUUUCACUUCCACAAGACAUUCUGUUGAACCCUUCACCAAGUGCCUGCCUCCAGGGGCAGUUUCCCCUCAGCACUCAGAGCGUGGACAAUCAGAGACGUGCAGGGUGGCCGCAAUCCCAGCCCUCGGUUCAAAAUUCAACAUUACACAGCGUAGUUCCAAAAGUUCCCACCGUUCAGAAUAUCCCAGAUGGCCAUCGUCAAGUCCAGUCAUAUCCACUAGCGAGGUUAAUGCAGCAGCCCCACGCUCAACCUGAAGUGAUCGGUAAUACAGUCUAUGGCCAGCAGGGGGAGCAUGUUGUGCACCCAUCGAAUUCUGUGUUUGGGCAGCAGACGACUAAUGCAGUUUAUGCACAGCAGAGGGAGCUCUUGCACCCGGUGAACGCUGUGUUUGGGGAGCAGGGGAAACCCAUGGAGGUGGCGAACGCAGUUUACAGCCAGCAGGGGGAGCUGUUAAACAGUGGGAAUCUUGCCCCUAUUAGCAGUUGCAUGUUUGAGAGAACCCCCGUUACCAGCUUAUGCUUCUCACCUGGACAGGACAUGGUGUUUUCGAAGACAACGGAGUUCCUGCCGCAGAACCCCGUGCAGGGCUCGUACAUCUUUCAGAACAGCUCCGCCGAGUGCAUACUGAACAACGGCUUGACGCCGGACAGCGCCUGCCACCUGCAGCAGCAGUUCCUCACCUGCAACAGCCAGACACAGAUCACCAACCAUCCAGUCAAGGAGAACGGACCGUUCCAGUUCACCCCAGUGACGGGCGGGACGCCGUGCUUUACCAACCACACCCAGAGCGAAAGUUUUUAGGAAAAAAAAGUUCCUGUCCAGCGCAGCUAUGUUUUGUUAACGGAGAACGGAAGAAGGGACGUCCCCAUGACGAGUGAAGACCCCGCAGACGCUUCUUCGUAAUCAGACUCUCCCUUAUGUCUAAUCGCAGCUGAAAUACGUAACAUGAGAUUAAAGGUGGAGGGGCUGGACUGGUCAUGGUAGUGCUGUCUGACAGACUACAUGUGAAACCCUGCACGCCUGCUCACGCUCACACACUCAUCUAUCUGAUGCCGUGUUUUGUUUUGUUUGUUUUAUUUGUUCGCUUGCUCACUCCCAGCGCAAAGUAGUUCAGAAGGACAGAAAAGUGGAGGAAAAAAACUGUUUUAGUGCAUUUCUAUGUGAUUUUCCUGCAAGAGCGUGAGUAGGGUGUGUGUGUGUGUGUGUGUGUGUGUGUGUGUUUGCGUGUGUUUGCGUGUGUUGAGAGGAGCUGCUCAGAGCUCGGUUAUGAAGUAUGCAGUAGAAAAGAUGAAAGCUUUUCUUUGCAAAGAUAAUUCUGGGGGGAAAAGCCAUUUUAAAGACAUGCUUGUUUUUUUCUAUUUAUUUAGAAAGAGUAGAGUUAUAAAAAAAAAAGGGAAAAGCCUCUUAGUGCUCACGUGUUCCCUUUUGGAUUUCUCUUGAUGCACUUAAGAAGGUGAGAUCAACACCUGUAAAAAUGACCGAUUGUAAAAAAAACAAAAUGUGUUAAAGUGUAAAAAAACAAAAAAAGACUGAAAAAAGACAGAUCUUGUCCUGCAUCCAAAGACGUAGCACUAUGACAGAAAUCAGACACAGUCGUUAGGCGUGGUGUUAUUUACAGGACUCCCUCAGUGCUCCAGAUUUGUGUGCGUGUGUGUGUGUGUAUGUGAUAGAGUACAUGGGGGCAAAACUACUGCCUGACUGACCGCUAAAGCUGAAGCAUCCUUGUCUGUCCAGCUUUUCUUCCUGUCAUUUAUUUUAUUUUAUUUUAAUGUUCGUUGGGGAAUGCCCCACCCCCAAAUUAAUCACCCAGUUACCAAUGACACUAUGAGCACUUGUUUAAUUGGGGAGAAACACCUCGCCUAACACAACAUGCAGGUUUUAUAACUGGAGUUUUAAAAAUUUUUUUAUCAGAAACACCAAAGAACCGCAAAAACACGUAACCAUAAUUUUCAUCACACGCCGAAAUUUUCAUCGCAGUAUCGUAUUAUUAUUAUUAUUAUUAUGACAUAAUCAUGACUUCACAUAUAUACGCGUAAAAUAUAUGCCUUCAGCUUUUGUUUGUUUUUGCUUUAAAUAUGCAAUCUUUUUAUAUUUAGUUCUGUUCGUUUAAUCGAAUGUCAUUGAGCCAUUUUUUUUCAUGUCUGCUUGUAUUGAUAAUCAUAAUCGCGUAAGUGCUAGCACGCUGACUUCCUGUUAAUCGGGCAAGCUAGCAAGUUAGCACCUUUUCUUCGAGAGCUGGUGCGGCAUUACACGAGUGAAAACACUUGGAGAGUGUUAUACCUGCAAACGCACAGAAGUCAGGCUGAGAGCCAGCUGUCGACGUUUCUUCUCUCUUUGCUCUCUUUAUUUUGCAUACUUCCUGUUUCCCCGCGUCCCUGCUGCUGAGCCGUCCUACGUGCCUUAUUCUUAUCGACACUUUAGCCUUUCCAUAUGACUGUAUGUUAUUAAUAUAGCAUUACGAGCGCGCACAUGUUACAGAACCAUACAGGCUAGAAACGCUUUCAUAUAUCAAUAUCGGGGACAUAUGACUGAUGGCAUACCUGGAGCACUUUGCUUAUCUUAUUCGCUAGUCUUGAUCGUUUUACACAGAGGUGGCGUGAGAUGCCCGUUGAGUCCAUCUGCAGGACAGUUUGAAGGUCUUACCCGCAGUCCUGUUUUGUUCUUUCAGCAUUUUAAAGUGGGCAAGGAAUUACAUGGGAAAGUUUUAUCGUCAAUCUUACAUUAGGUUGACGUGCGUGAAAUACAGCUAAUAAAUAUUUAUUAAAAAAUAAAUAAGAAAAAAAAGGAGACCUAAACUGUGACUGGUUUAUUUUUGAAAAGCGAGAGCUUUUUCACACCACAGAUUCCAUCCUUCCUGACCAAAGUCUUGCUCGUCCUCCAAAUUUACUCAGCUAGGUGUCUAAUCCCUGGCAUGUUGGUUUAGAUUUAACGUCUGAUGAAAACUGAGAAAUUGUUUAACGUCACACAGGCGCUUUAGGUCUGAUUUGGACUUUAGGUCCGAUCUGUUUCUAACCACACUGCAGACUGCUCCCCGGUGUUUCGAGACAUUUUGGAUUGUAAGAUGAGGUGAUCCAGUGACUGAGAUCUGACAGUACUGGGGUUGAUCAGACUGCAUUGGUAAGAUCUUGGCUUAGUUGUUGUCAGGGCAGAUGAAAACGUGACCUAUACGGGUUUAAACCUGUAAUCAGAAAAGCUGAAUUCUACUGUAUGGUCAUCUUGUGAAGAUAAAACUACAGUCUGGAUUGGAAUUCUGUGCAAUGAAGGCUAGAUUGGAGAUCGGAUUUUCCUGCAGACGUCGAUGGCAUAAGGAUCAGAAGACCUUGAGGACUUGCUGUGGACCUUGAGUCUUCUGUCUGAUUUGUUUUUUAAAAAUCUGAAGAUUUAAUCGGUAUGUAGACUGUUGGGUAAGAUCAGAACUUAGAGAUGCUUUCAGAAAUGUGUAAAAAAAAAAAAAUAGAUAGAUUUGCCUGCAGAGAUUAUAGUGAGAUCAGAUUUCUGCAGAGAAGAUGAUGAGAUCAGAAAUCCCAACAAUGAGAGUUUGGUGAUAUCAGAUUUCCCUGCAGAAAGUUUGGUGGGAUCCGAUCUCCCUGAAAAAAUAGUAGUGAUAUUGGAUCUCUUCGAAGGUGGGGAGAUCAGAAAUUGUGGUGUAAUCAGAUGUCCCUGCUGGGAGGUUAGUGAGAUCAGAUCUCCCUGCAAAAAGGGUGGUGAGAUCGGAUCUCCCUGCAAGUCAAGUAGUCAAGUAGGCUUUUAUUGUCAUUCCAACCAUAUACAGUUCAGUACACAGUGAAACGAAACAACAUUCCUCCAGGACCAAGGUGCUAGAUCAGUGAGGGUGGUGAGAUCAGAAAUCCCUACAGAGAGAAGGUGGUGAGAUCAGACCUCCCUACAGAGAAAAGGUGGUGAGAUCAGACCUCCCUACAGAGAAAAGGUGGUGAGAUCAGACCUCCCUACAGAGAAAAGUAGUGUCAAUGUCGUGAGAUCAGAUAUCAGAUCUCCCUGCACUGAGUUUGAAUCUUGCUGGAGACAGCAGAUCGCCUACAUCAGUUAAAUGUGGAGUAACGUGUAGAGAGUCACCCUUUGCGCCCCUGUGAAGUGCGCACUUUGCAGUAAGGGUCUGUCCCUCCAGUGCAUGUUCUUGAUUGGACUGAGGACAUAUCCGAGUCGCCAGCAGAGGGCAGCGAGAGCGAGCAGCCUGGAGUUUGGUUUCCACUAGUGUUGUUCAGAGCCGUACAGUUCAAGGGACGAAUGCAAGGGAUGAGUGAUUUUAACUCUGAUUGUUUCUUACGCAGUUUAUCUACAAGCUUACAGAAAUUCUCUCUGCUUCACUUUACCCACUUUAAUCUUCUGUAAUUUCCCUGGUGUGCUGUUGAUAACGGCAGUAACAGAGCAGGUGAAAGCUGGAUGCAAAAAAUCAGGGUUUCCUGGAAAUCACAACCAAAUAUCAGGUGCCUUAUUGAUAUUUCACCGAAAAAAUAUUUUGCUAUAAAUAUGAAUUUUUUACUAUUAUUUUUUUUAAAAAGAAUCUUUUAAUAAAGAAACAAUCAUCUAGGAAUCCAAAUGAGCGACGUUCGGGAACAACUGACAGAUGCGUGAAUUGAUUGACAGGCGAAGGGUGUGUUUUUAGGCUGGUUGUAAUUUUGUAGAGUUUCUGAAAUCUCUGCUGUCUGAUGCACAAGACUGAUGCACUUGCUUAUUCAAGAGGCUGUAAAAAUAAAAGGUUUAGACGUGAACACAGCCACUGAAAACACCCUCACCUGGGGGUCGACGUAGCGUCCGAGAAAAAAAAUAAUACUUAAACAAAAAGCGCAAUUUCUUUUCCUGUUAGAGGAAUAAUUGAAGCACUUGCUAUUUCUGAUUCUUUCCAGUGAUGACAUUCAUCUGUCUCUUCUGAAACGCAGUAUCAGUGUAUGUUUUAUCUUUUUAUUAUUAUUGUUACUAGCAUUGUGUGUAAUUUUGUCGUCUUUGUUGCUUUUCACAAGCGUUUUUUUUGUUUGUGCUCACAAAUAUACUAUAUACAAUAUUUUGUAAAGUUCCCUGCACACCUUGUACAAUUUGUAUACCUUUUUUUUCUGCCAAUGAAAUUGUAGUUUUUGUUUUUUGUUUUGUUUUUUGUAUUAGCAGAUGUCUUACAUGUUUGCUGUGUCUAUCAACAUUUACGUCUUUAUAUUAUUACAAGCGUUUAUUGACCACACUGGUUUGUUAAAGUGUUCUUAUUAUUAGCGCUUCUUUUUUCUAACGAGAGUGCUGAUGUUCAGUAGUCUUGAUCAUACUGAAAGCCAUGAAAUAAAAAAUUGCAGACAAAA